AUGGCUUCUCCGGCUUCGCUAGGCUCCAGGGCCUUGCGAGCUAGCCGUCGUCAGUUUCCCGUCCCCGUUCUGCAACGAAGAGGUCUGGCUGCAGCAGCUUCCGGAAGCUUUGGCUAUGAGACUGGUGAGGCCAACGGAGUCAAAUAUGCGAGCAGAGACUUGCCGGGUCCGACAACGACAUUGACCGUUGUCGCCAAAGCUGGCACUCGAUACCAGCCGCUCCCUGGCCUCACCGAUGCCCUCGAGAAAUUUGCCUUCAAGUCGACUUCGAAACGGUCGGCCCUGCGAAUCACUCGAGAGACGGAACUGCUGGGUGGUGAGACAUCGGCAUACCACUCUCGCGAGAAUCUCGUCCUCCGAACCAAGUUCCUUCGAGACGACUUGCCCUAUUUUACUGAGCUUUUGGGAGAGGUUAUUUCGAAGACGCGAUACACAACUCACGAGCUCGAGGAAGAGGUGUUCCAUGUUAUGAAGCUGGCGCAGAAGGGUCAUCUUGCUAGUCCCUCGUCACUUGCGCUCAACUCAGCCUACGGCGUCGCUUUCCAUCGGGGCCUGGGGGAACCACUGUAUCCUACUUCUUCAACACCCAUCACCAAGUAUCUCGACGCCGAAACCAUCUGGGAGUUCAGCGGUGCUGCGUAUGCCAAGAACAACAUCGCCGUGGUGGCCAACGGUGCCAGUCACUCCGAGCUCGGCAAGUGGGUGAAGGAGUUCUUUGGUGACAUUUCGGAGGGAUCUUCAAAGUUCAAGAUUGAGAGCCAGCCAUCGAAGUACUUUGGAGGUGAAGAAAGAAUUGCCCACAGCUCUGGUAACGCCAUGAUUCUGGGUUUCCCCGGCUCGAGUUCGUUCACCACCGCCUCUUCCUACAAGCCGGAGCUGGCGGUCCUUGCGGCCCUCCUUGGAGGAGAGUCUUCGAUCAAGUGGUCGCCAGGCUUCUCUCUGUUGUCCAAGGCUGCAAAGGACUUGCCAGGCGCCCAGGUCUCGACCCAGCACGAAGCCUGGUCCGACGCUGGCUUGCUCUACGUUACGAUCAGCGGAAACGCCCAGCAAGUUGCCAAGGCAAGCAAAGAGGUGGUGGACGCAAUCAAGAAGGUCGCCUCGGGUGAGAUUGCGGAAGAAGAUAUUAAGAAGGCUACGGCGCUGGCCAAGUUCCGCGCUCUCGAAGCCGGCCAACUGACCCAACCUGGCCUCGAAGCCACCGGCACCGGUUUGAUUUUGAGUGGCAAGCCUUUCCAGAUUGAUGAAAUCGGUGCCGCAAUCGACAAGGUCUCCUCGGACAAGGUCAAAGCUGCUGCAAAGAGUCUCCUGGACUCCAAGGCUUCCGUGUCGGCGGUGGGAGAUUUGUUCGUUCUUCCCUUCGCCUCGGAUAUUGGCUUGACAGUCUAG